UUUUGUUGAUGUAGCACUUGGAACAGGCUAAGUAGCAAGGAAGCUCCGGGUCCCUCCCCCCUUUCUUUUUUUAUAGCAGGACUCCUGUGAAUUGAAUACAUUCAUACCAGGAAUUUUCUGAGAGGCAUUUACAAAACAGUUGUUGAGUGAUGACAGUGAUAUCACUGCAAAGAUGACUGGACUAAGGAAUGCACUGUGACUGAGAACACAAUAAAAUCUAUCCUUUAAGACAGAGGUGAACCUCUUGGAACUGCACAAAUCCAUUCCAAUGGGAAACUACAGAACUGUGAUCCAAUGAAAAAUACAUUCUUUCUCUUGUGGCUGGAAUAGGGAAUGUUAUUUUGAAACACAGUAGGAUCUUUCCUUGUUGCUCUUCCAUAAUGACUGAGCCUUUUUUGGGAACCUGGAAACUUAUCUCUAGUGAAAACUUUGAGGAAUAUAUGAAAGAACUGGGAGUUAGUUUUUCCCAAAGGAAACUGGGCAGCCUAGCCAAACCUACUGUGAUUGUCACCAGGGACAAUGAUGUUGUUACCAUCAGAACAGAGACCGUCUUUAAAGUUAAUGAGAUCUCCUUCAGACUGGGCCAAGAGUUUGAGGAAACAACAAUGGAUAAUAGGCAUGUCAAGAGUAUCGUAACAUUGGACAACGGUGUGCUGGUACAAGUGCAGAAAUGGAAUGACAACUUCACUGUUAUCAAAAGAAAAUUAGUGGAUAAUAACAUGGUGUCGGAGUUUACCAUGAAUGAUGUCACCAGCACCAGAGUCUACACAAGAGCAUGAAGACAUGCAAUCUAAAGAUUACAUUGUCCUGCUAAUUAUUUGUUUGCUGAUGCACAUUUGAACCUGGUGCUUUUAC